GGUGUCCGGAGCCCCCCCCCCGAACCCCCCCCCCCCCCCCCCCCCCAGGAGACGCUGCGCACGGCGCUGGCGCUGGGCGCCGACCGGGGGGUGCUGGUGGAGGCGGGGGGGGCGCUGGGCCCGCGGGAGGCGGCGGCGGCGCUGGCCGGGCUGGCGGGGCGCCUGCGCCCCCACCUCGUGCUGCUGGGCAAGCAGGCCAUCGACGACGACUGUAACCAGACCGGGCAGAUCCUGGCCGCCAUGUUGGACUGGCCCCAGGGGACCUUCGCGUCGCGGGUGGAGCUGGAGGGGGAGCGGGUGCGGGUGCAGCGGGAGGUGGACGGGGGGCUGGAGACGCUGCGCCUGCGCCUGCCCGCCGUCCUCACCGCCGACCUGCGCCUCAACGAGCCCCGAUACGCCACCCUGCCCAACAUCAUGAAAGCCAAGAAGAAGCCCCUGGAAGUGAUCACGGCGUCGGAAUUGGGGGGGGGUCCCCCCAGUCCCCCCCCCCGCCUGCGGGUGCUGAAACUGGAGGAGCCCCCCCCUCGCGGGGGGGGGCAGCGGGUGGAGGACGUCCCCGCUCUGCUGGAGCGACUGCGCAGCAGCGGGUGCAUCUGAGGGGGGGGGACACCCCCAAAAUUUUUUUUUGGGGGGGCCCCCCCGCUCCCAUUUUGAUUCAUUAAGGGGCACCCCAGUGGUUUUUUUUUUUGGGGGGGGGGUGCUCCCCAGACACUUGGGUGCCCCCCCCCCCGAGGGGGGGGACCCCAAUUUUGGGGGCAGCCAAGAAUUUUGGGGGGGGCAGCCAAGAAUUUUGGGGGGGCACCCAGGAAUUUUGGGGGGGGCACCCAGGAUUUUUGGGGUACCUAAGUGGGUGGGGGGGGCCAAAAUCUCCCCCCCCCCAAUUUUGAUUCAUUAAGGGGCACCUUGGUGGGUUUUUUUGGGGGGGGGUGCCCCCCCCAAGGGUGGGGACCCCAAUUUUGGGGGGGCACCCAAGAAUUUUGGGGGGGGGGCACCCAGGAUUUUUGGGGUACCUAAGUGGGUGGGGGGGGGCCAAAAUCUCCCCCCCCCCAAUUUUGAUUCAUUAAGGGGCACCUUGGUGGGUUUUUUUUGGGGGGGGGGUGCCCCCCCCAAGGGUGGGGACCCCAAUUUUGGGGGGGCACCCAGGAUUUUUGGGGGGCACCCAGGUGUUUUGGGGGGGGUCCCCCAGUGCCUUCCAGUCUGGACUAGUAGGUCCAGGCAUCCCAGUGCCUUCCCCCCCCCCCCC